AUGUACCAGGGCGGCGCUGGUGGUGAUAUGCCAAUGGGAUGUAUGCCCAGUGGCGCCAGCAGCUAUGGUGGUGCUCAGCCGGGUCUGGAGGGUGCAGGGCCGAAGAUUGAAGAAUCUCUAUUUCCUCGUCCCCUCACCAGCACCACAACAGCUCGCAUCACCGCCCGCUACGGCGGCGGAGGCGGUCGUGGCGGGCCCCGUUUCGAUUCCAGACGGUCCCGACGGAACGAAUCAGACGAUGAACAAGUCUUCGAUAUCGAUGGCAUCAGGUCAGCUGCUGUGAGACUUAUCGAUGCAAAGCAGAAUAUGGUUGGUGUGGUUUCUAAAAGUGAAGCCAUUCAAAUGGCUGAAGACGCUGAACUUGACCUGGUAAUAGUAUCCCCAGAAGCCGAUCCACCAGUUGUCAGAAUAAUGGACUACGAUAAAUAUAGAUAUGAGCAACAAAAAAAGAAAAGAGAACAGCAGAAAAAAAGUGCUGCCAAUCGUAUGGAUUUGAAGGAGUUAAAAAUGGGUUACAAAAUUGAUCAACAUGACUAUACUGUUCGCUUGAAAGCUGCACAGAGGUUUUUGAAAGAUGGUGACAAGGUUAAGGUUAUAGUAAACCUCAAAGGGCGGGAGAAUGAGUUCAGAAAUAUUGCAAUUGAGCUUAUUAAACGUUUCCAGAAUGAUGUUGGAGAGCUUGCAACUGAGGAGAGCAAAAACUUCAGAGACAGGAACAUAUCCAUCGUUUUGGUUCCAAACAAGGCUCUAUUACAGAAGACACAAGAACCACCAAAGAAAAAAGAUAUUCCAGUCGCAAAUGAAGUCUCAGCUGGUGUCUGA